AAAAAUAACGUUGUUACAACAUCCAAACAAUGCUGAUCAUUGAAAUCGGUUGGAAAAUGCUCUCCUCUUGCUUGUAUUUGUUUACAGGGCAGUCUGGAUCUCUCCAACAUGGAGGUGACGCUGACGUACGAUGUCGUCUAUGUAAAACUGUGAACGGAGGUGGUGGUGACGGGUUGUUCAAGAAACGAAAGUUUGUUUGAACCGAAACCAAAGUAAUGCGACGUCGAGGCACAUCUGUCCUUUUGGAGACAAAUAACAACACCUUUUAAUCAAAAUAGACCGACAGAAACAUUAUAAGGAAUGGCCUCUGCUACUUCCUGUUCUGAAGAGGACUUUUCAUGUUCCAUCUGUCUGGAUGUGUUCAACAGCCCAGUAUCCACCCCAUGUGGACACAACUUCUGCAGAACCUGUAUUACAACGUUCUGGGAUGACCAAGCACAGUACAAAUGUCCUGUUUGCAACGCGCUGUUCCACACAAGACCUGAUUUACAGGUCAAUACCUUCAUAUCAGAAGGGCUCCACAGGUCCCAUCCUGUUGUACCUCUAAAGGAGGAAUAUGAAGUGAAGACGGCCCAGCUGGGGAAGAUAGAGGCUGAAGUUCAGCAGAUGAUCGAGGAGAGACAACGAAAGAUUCAGGGGAUCAAAGACACAGUGGACCGCAUUAAAGCAGACGCAGACAGAGAGUUAGCUGAUGGUGUGCAGGUCCUCACUGCUCUGAAGCACUGUGUUGAAAAGUACCAGGAUGAUCUCAACCAAACGGUUAAAGAGAAACUGAAAUCCACAGAGAAAGAAGCUGAAGGCCUCAUCAAAGAGCUGGAGCAGGAAAUAGAAGAUCUGACCAAUAGAAGAUCAGAGGUGAAGCAGCUCUCACACACUGAAGACCACCUCCACCUCAUACAGACCUUCAGAUCCCUGAAGAAUCCUCCACCUACCAGGGACUGGACGAUGGUGGAGGUUCUUCCUCCGUCAUACGUAGGGACCUUGAAGAGAUCCCUGGAACAGCUGGAGGAGACACUGGACAUUGAGAUGAAGAAGCUGCCUGACCUGAAACCGGAUGGAAAGAAGUCCUCCACGCAUGGGCAUGGCCGGGCCACGCCGCCUCCAGCAGGGGAAGGGGCCACGCAAGAUCAUCACCAGCAUGUCCCUGGGCAAGGACGUGCAGCUGAACAAGGCGGAGCAGGCCUGGAAGCGGACGUGAAGAAGGCCACGCGGGCCGGCAGGGGCGAGCCGGAGGAGCCGGCGGGCGAUCUCAAGACCCAGGAGUUGUUCAAACGUGUGCGCAGCUUGCUCAACAAGCUGACGCCGCAGAUAUUCAAGCCUGUGAUGAAGCAGGUGUUUGAGCUCCAGAUCGACACGGAGGAGCGGCUGAAGGGCGUCACCGACCUUAUCUUCGAGAAGGCCAUCUCGGAGCCCAACUUCUCCGUGGCCUACACCAAUAUGUGCCGCUGCCUAAUGGGGCUCAAAGUCCCCACCACGGACAAUCCGUGUCAGACGUUGAACUUCCGGAAAAUGCUGCUGAACCGCUGCCAGAUGGAAUUUGAGAAGGGCAAUGACAACGAGAAGUUAUUUGAGAAGAAGCAGAAGGAGCUGGACACUGCCUCUGAGGGCGAGAAACAGAAGCUGAAGGACACACUGGAGGAGGCUAAGGACAAGGCCCACCGGCGCCGGCUGGGCAACAUCGAGUUCAUCGGCGGGCUGUUCAAGCUCAAGAUGCUGACGGAGCACAUCAUGCACGACUGCAUCGUAAAGCUGCUGAAGAAGCACGACGAGGAGUCCGUGGAGUGCCUGUGCUGGCUGAUUUCCAACAUUGGCAAGGACCUGGACCAUUGGAAGGCCAAGCCCCGGAUGGAUCAGUACUUCAACAUGAUGGGGAACAUCAUCAAGGAGAGGAAGACCGCCUCCAGGAGCCACUUCAUACUGCAGGACGUGCUUGACCUCCGACGGAACCUCUGGGUGCCCCGGCAUGGGAAACAGGGGCCCAAGACCAUCGACCAGAUCCACAAGGAUGUGGAGCUGGAGGAGCACCGCGAGCAGAUGAAGGUCCAGCAGGCCAUUCUCUCCAAGUCCAGCGGCGGUGACCGCAUGGAAGGAAGAGGAGGAAGAGGGGAAAGAGGGGAGGAGGAGGAGGAAGAGGACGAGGGGUAGGGGGGGAGGGGGAGGAGGAGGUUGAGAGAUGUGUCUGGUAGGGGACGUCCCGGGACAGGUCUUUUAGGGGACGCCCCCCUUUGUGUCCCGGGACGUCCAAUGGCGUGUCUCCUAGAGGCCGAGCGCAUAUGGUGGUUUGACUUUUUUUGCGGUGACUGGUCAAUUUGGAGUGCGCUUUCUUUUGUUUCUCUUUUUAAU